AUGGAAGAACGGCCCCGUAAAACCAGCGGCCGCCUCUCGGAGGAAGCAUUCUUCCGAUGCGCCGCCGUAGUCCUCCCGUACCUUACCCCCGCCGAGCUAGCCUCUGUUUCCCAAACCUGCAAAGCCCUUCACCAAAUCUCCCAACUCGUGACAUCGCGAAGAAUCUCCGACGCUUCCAGAGGGUUCGAAAACCUUCCGAUCCCAUUCCUCAACCCCAUCACCAGCGACUCACAGCCGUACUCCUCCUUCCUCUACACACCCACCCAAAUCCUCCGUCUAGGCCCAGAUUCCCGUCAGCCCUGGGGAUACGACGGCGAUGCCAGGUUACGCGGUGAACAUAGUCCGGCCGACCCGUUCCUGUUCCUGGUCAGCGGUUCCACUGGUUGCGGAUGCGAAUCGGACUGCGGCGACGGUUGCCCGUGUUUGGAUUCCGGCGGAUUAUCGCUGACCAGGGAAUGCGGGCCGAGCUGCGAGUGUGACUCAGCUUGUGGGAAUCGGGCGACUCAGUUAGGGUUGUCGGUGAAGUUGAAGAUAGUGAAGGAUGAGAAGAAAGGGUGGGGAUUAUUUGCUGAUCAGCUGAUUCCUUGUGGGCAGUUCAUCUGUGAGUAUGCAGGCGAACUUUUGUCGACAGAGGAAGCAAGACAGAGGCAGGACACGUACGAUAAACUCAAACCAAACGGACAUUUAACGCCUGCCCUUCUGGUCGUGAAAGAGCACCUUCCUUCGGGAAAUGCGUGCAUGAGGAUCAACAUCGACGCCACCCGAGCUGGAAAUGUGGCUCGGUUUAUCAACCACUCGUGUGAAGGUGGAAAUCUCGACACAAAGAUUGUGAGGAGCUCGGGGGCUUUACUCCCCCGUGUGUGCUUCUUCUCGUCUAGAGAUAUUCCGAAAGAUGAGGAGCUUACUUUUAGCUAUGGGGAUGUUCGGGUGAAGCUGGAUGGCAGACCUUGCUUUUGUGGCAGUGAUCGUUGUGCUGGGAUACUUCCUUCCGAACAUACUUAA